UCUGCGCAUGCGCGCCAGGCCGCGUCCACUACGCCGAUACUACCGCCUCCUCCGCGCCGUCUUCCUCCACGGUUACGCCGGCUCUCCACCCCUCCUUCCCGCGGCGCUCGAGGGAUCAUGGCCGAUCCUCGCGUGAGACAGAUCAAGAUCAAAACCGGCGUAGUGAAGCGACUGGUCAAAGAAAAAAUGAUGUAUGAAAAGGAAGCAAAACAACAAGAAGAAAAGAUUGAAAAAAUGAAAGCUGAAGAUGGUGAAAAUUAUGCCAUUAAAAAGCAGGCAGAGAUCCUUCAAGAGUCCCGGAUGAUGAUCCCAGAUUGCCAGCGCAGGUUGGAAGCUGCAUAUAGUGAUCUUCUGCAGUUAUUAGAGAGUGAAAAAGACUUGGAAGAAGCUGAGGAAUAUAAGGAAGCACGCUUAGUAUUGGAUUCAGUGAAGUUAGAAGCCUGAAGUUUUUCUGUACAGGGUGUUUGGUUUUUUGUUUUUUGUUUUUUUUUUUUUUCAUUAAAUCUUGGGAUCCAUUCCACAAUUCAUUAUUUUUGACCACUGCUGUAUGUUCAAGUAGUAGGAGAAUGUGAUUCUUUUUAUGCAGUUGCAUAUAUUUUUCUUUGCCUAAUUUAAUGUGUCAAAUAAAUGAAUUCGUCUAAUAAAAUUGUUUAUAUCAUACUUUA